AUGACAUAUGAAUCGGAAAUAGCUUAUGAAACGGAUAAAACUGUAUCUUUGGGUACUAUGAGUCAUAAAUGCGUAUACUGCAAUGCUCUUAAAUGCAGAGAGGCGCCUGGAAUGUGUUGUAGUGCUGGUAAAGUACAACUUCCAUAUUUUUUACCUCUUCCUGAACCUCUUUACAGUUUGAUUAUGGGGUUCCAUCCUGAUCACAAAAAUUUCAUUGACCGUAUUAGAAAAUACAAUAACUGCUUCCAAAUGACAUAUUUUGGAGCGAAACAAAUUAUCGAAGAUGGAUUUAUGCUCACAUUCAAAGUGAAAGGUCAGGUGUAUCAUUUAAUUGGUAGUUUGCAAGCUUGUCUGACUUGGCCGGGAAUAAAAAGAGAUCAAGCUUUGGGUAGAGUAUAUACCAUUCACCCUAAUAAUACCGAGUGUUACUAUCUUCGCCUUUUACUUCAUGAAAUCCGAGGUCCUACAUCUUUUUUGAAAUUGAAAACUGUUAACGGCACAAUUCAACCUACUUAUCAGGCAGCGUGUAAGGCUCUAGGCUUACUGGAAGACGAAAGGUACUGGGAUACAACUAUGGAAGAAGCUAUGCUUUGUGGUUCUCCAUUUAAAUUACGGGAACUUUUUGCAUUUAUGUUGAUAUUUUGUCAAUUGUCAGAUGCUUUAAGUUUUUGGGAAAAAUACAAGGACAGUCUUUCAGAAGAUAUAUGGCAUCGAGUGGAGUUGGAUAUACAACACGAGAAUGUGAAUUCAGUUAUUAAUGAAGUAUACAAUAAAUGCUUAGUUACUCUUGAAGAUACAGUUCUAUCUCUGGGAGUCUUACAAAAUAAAGAUUACCUUCGAGAGAUCAAUUAUGAUUCAAAUAUUUUGGCACAGUAUAUAAAUUUUAAUGAACAUUUACUAAAUAAUGAACAGUCCUAUGUAUAUGACAAAAUAUUAGAGGACAUUGAAAAGAUCACUGGCCAAACAUUAUUCUUAGAUGCACCUGGAGGCACUGGUAAAACAUUUGUCAUAAAUAUUUUAUUAGCCAGAGUACGAAAAGAUCAUGGAAUAGCUUUGGCUAUAGCUUCUUCAGGCAUCGCUGCUACAUUACUAGAAGGAGGUAAAACAGCUCAUUCUGUAUUUAAAUUACCAUUAAACCUAACGAGAAUGUGCAAUAUUUCCAAACAGAGUAAUAUAGCACAAGUUCUAAAAGACUGUAAGUUAAUAGUUUGGGAUAAAUGCACAAUGGUCCAUAAAUGUGACUUUGAAGCUCUUAAUAGAACAUUAAAAGAUAUAAGAAGAUAUAAUAGUUUGAUGGGUGGAGUCACUGUGCUACUAGCAGGAGAUUUUCGGCAAACAUUACUCGUUAUACCUAGGGGUACAAGGGCUGAUGAAGUAAAGUUAUGUCUAAAAGCUUCGUAUUUGUGGCCACAUAUCCAGAAAGUUGCACUUCAUAAAAAUAUGAGGGUUCAUGUGAAAGGAGACACAUCUGCUGGUAUUUUCACUGAAAUGUUACUUAAAAUAGGAGACGGAAAUUUCCCUUCAUUGGAAGGUGAGAUCACUAUUCCCUCAAAUUUGUGUAUAGUUGUUAGCUCUUUAUCAGAACUAACUUCCAGAAUUUACCCGGAUAUAAUAAAUAUCAAGAUGAAACCCACCGAAUGGUUGUGCAUGCAAGCCAUCUUAACUCCAAAGAACGACAAGGCAGCCGAAAUCAAUGAAAUUCUACUAAAGUUAUUUAAUGAAAAAGCUGUUGAAUAUAAAUCUUUUGAUUUGGUGAUCCAAUCGGAUGAUGCUGUCCAUUACCCUUUAGAAUUUCUUAAUACUCUGUAUCCUUCUGGUCUUCUAUCACAUAAACUUGUCCUUAAAAUUGGAGCACCUGUAAUGUUACUAAGAAAUCUUAACCCACCUAAAUUGUGUAAUGGAACUAGAUUGUAA